UUCCUACUUCAAAAAAAAAAAAAAAAAAAAAAAAAAAGGAAUGAUCACCACCACCGCAAAAAGGCCAAAGCACCACCACAGUCCACUGCUCCCCGGACUCCCCGACGAUGUAGCUCAGCUCUGCCUAUCUCUCGUCCCACCAUCAACUCUCUACUCCGUCUGCCGUUCAUGGCGCCGCCUCAUCUACGCUCCCUCUUUCCCGCCAUUUCUCUCUCUCUACGCUCUCCUCUCACCCACACACAACCACCACCACCUCUCAGCUAACCCCGUACACUUCUUCAAUUUCGAUCCGAUUUCAUGUAAUUGGCUGCCCCUCCCUCCUCCGCCGCCGCCACUCCGCCUCCAAUUCCGCCACCCUUCCUUCAUAUCCCGCAACCUCCCCAUCCAAUCCGUCGCCGUCUCCGGCAACCUAGUCCUCCUCGCCGCCACCGCCGAUCCCUUCCUCCCCGCCCUACCCCAACCCCUCGUCUUCGACACACUCUCCCAGAAGUGGAUCCAAGGUCCGCCGCUUUCCGCCCCUCGCCGGUGGUGCGCGGCGGGAGCGUCCCGCGGGGUGGUCUACGUGGCAAGCGGAAUCAGUUCUUACUAUGAAAACGACGUCGCCCGGUCGAUCGAGAAGUGGGACCUGGGUGCUCACCAACAGCACCGCCACCAGCGCCGGCGGCAGCCGUCGGGAUGGGAGAAGCUGGCGAAGCUGAAAGACGGCAAAUUCAGCCGGGAAGCGAUUGAUGCCAUCGGGUGGAAGGGGAAACUGUGUAUGGUGAACGUGAAAGGGGACGCCGCCAAGGAAGGGAUAAUCUACGACGUUGAUCGAGAUUCGUGGGGGGAGAUGCCGGAGGGGAUGUUGGCAGGGUGGAGGGGUCCGGCGGCGGCGAUGGAGGAGGAAACCAUCUACGCGGUGGAUGAGUCAAGGGGUCGGUUGAAAAAGUACAACCAUGUGAACGACACGUGGGUGGUGGUGGUGGAGAAUGAGCUGCUUAAAGGAGCACAGCAGGUGGUGGCAGCAGCCGGAAAGGUGUGUGUGCUGUGCGCUGAUGGUGUGCGCAUCGCGGUUGUUGAUGUGGCGGCACUGGCUCCAGCGAGACUGUGGAUGGUGGAGGUUCCGACCGGAUAUGAAGCUGUCGGAAUUCAUGUCUUGCCUCGAUUGAGCCGUUCCAAUAUUUAACAUUCGGCAGUAAAAAUUCAAAAUAGAUAGUACAUUGAUUUGUUUUGUACCAGCUUCUUUAAGUACAUAGGAUUUUUUUAAUAAUGAAACUCGUGCGCAGUUUUACCGGCA